CGAAAAGUGCGUAAUAUUGAGUUGCGCGAGAAAAGAAAACAAAAAAACAAAAGACAAAGUGCAGGGAGUGCAGCUAAAAACGAACAAACCUAUCGUUAUCAAUUGAAGCUGCCCACGUGCAGCGUCCGUCGUUGAAAUGCGCCUCGGUGAUCUGGUCAACGCGAAUCACACAAUCGCUUCGUCAUUAUCAUUUCAGUGCAAAACGUUCGCGCAAAAACGCUCACGCUUGACUCACGUGAUUACUCGCGCGGAAGUCGCGAGGCGAAAUAAAAACGAGCGACACAACGACGGACGGUGCGACAUGACGCAUAUAAUCGCGGUUUUGUCCGCGCUUCCUAGGUUAUCUUACCACUUGCGAUCGCGUUUGCCGAACCUGUGUGUUUCAGACGUAUUGCCAGGACAGGCGGACACCUUGACGAAACUCAACGCAGCGGAAAUAUUGGUGGCCGAUUGCGAUUUAUUGAUACCUUAUGCGAACAAGUUGACGUCUGUCAAGUGGAUACAGGCGACAUGGGCGGGUUUGGACAAUUUUAUUCCCCACGUACAAGCAGCGCAAAGAAAUUACAUACUUACUCGUUUCUCGGACGAAUCAUUCGGUUUGGCCAUGUCCGAAUACGUUAUAGCGCAGAUUGUCAACUUCGAGCGUGAUCAACGACGGCAGUACGAGAAUCAAAAGCUUUCUGUAUGGACGAACGAUGGCAAAGUUACAAAUCACAGACGCAUACAUGAUCUGACUAUAGGCAUCUUGGGUCUGGGAACGAUAGGAAAGUUCAUCGCGCGAAACUUAAAAAUAUUCGGCACUACCGUCUGGGGCAUGACACGCAGUGUUCCGAAUGAGGAGUUACCUUAUCUCGAUGAGCACAGGACCGUGGAAAAAUUGUCGGACAUCUUGGAAAAUUGUGAUUAUAUAAUUAACGUACUGCCGUCGACUCCGAACACAGUGGGGCUUUUGAAUGGGAACGUCCUGCAGCGUUGCAAGGACAAGGAUACCGUUUUCAUCAACAUAGGACGUGGUUCUGUUAUUAGAGAAUCAGAUCUGAUAAACGCGCUUGAGCAGAAAUGGAUCUCGGGUGCAAUUUUAGACGUGUUCGAGGAAGAGCCGUUGCCAAAAGAAAGCAAAUUAUGGAGUUUUCCGCAAGUAACUAUAUCGCCACAUGUUUCCGGUAUAUCGCGCACGGAAGACAUUGCAAAGCUGUUUGCCACAAAUUACGCUAAAUACGUAAAAGGAGAAAAUUUGCUGAACGUUUUCGAUUUUGAUAAAGGCUAUUAAUUGUUAUACAAGAUUGUGUUACAAAUGUUAUAUAACAUGUUAAAAUACUACAAUAUAUAUGUAUAUAUAUACAUGUGUGUGU